AUGGGAUUGUUAAAGCAAUACCGAGCGAAAGCGACGACGUUUAGAGACGGGAAAAAAGCGGCGGAUUUCGAGAGCAAAGAACAAAAUUAUACUUCCAUCAUCACGACAACGACGAAGAAACAACAACGCGGCGUGAACGAGGGGAAGAAUGGCUUUACUUCCUCUCCAAACAACAAAAACAACAACGGUUUUGAUAAAGGUGGAGACGCCAAUACGAAUAAAAAAUGGAAGUCAAAAAGAGCCGGCGCCAAAGAACGACGAAUUCGUAUAUUGCGUUCUUUACCACUCUCGAGAGCGCUGACGGAGCAAGAACUGGCGAAGAUGUUCAAAACGGUAUUACAACCGGUGCGAGCGAAAUACGGAGGCGCUGGAUUUGCUAAACCGAGCGUAUACGUGGACAUUUCCGACGAGUACUUUUCGGAAAAGUUCCAAGAACUGUUCGACGAGCACGUGGACGGUUUCGGCGGGAAAUCUCUGACGAAGAUGGGAAAGAAAAACGAGGAGAUGUUGUGGAAGCAAAGGUUAAAAGAGAAGCAGGGCAGAGAACAGUUCGUGGUUGUCAAGAGUCACGACGACGACGAUGACGAGGACAAUAGUAGUCAUAGUAAGAAACGACAGCGGCGGCGGCGGAUGAUGAUGAGUAAAAAAGGAGAAGAGGAGAAUGCGGCCACGCGAGGAAACGAGGACGAUAAAACGAAACCUUUUCUCAGUCGCAAACAGAGGAAACUCGCCUUGCAAAGAGGCGAAGUCGUUCUCGAGAGUAACCACAGUAGCGAUGAUAAAAUGAACCACCGCAAAGCGUCUUUUGCGAGUGAGUUGCAAAAGCAAGCUUUGCUCGCCGCCGCCGAGGCUGGCUUUUAG